GCCAGCGUUGCCGGAGAGUUACAAUUCAAACGCGGGCGGGCGGCCCCGCAACCCUGCAGUUGCAGCCGUGGUGUCGGUCUUCCUGUCUGCCUGCAAGCGCCGCCGGGAUGGCCUCCCAGAACCGCGACCCAGCCGCCGCGAGCGUCGCCGCCGCCCGCAAGGGAGCCGAGCCCAGCGGGGGCGCCGCCCGGGGUCCCGUGGGCAAGAGGCUACAGCAGGAGCUGAUGACCCUCAUGAUGUCUGGCGACAAAGGAAUCUCUGCCUUCCCUGAAUCGGACAAUCUUUUCAAAUGGGUGGGGACCAUCCAUGGAGCAGCUGGCACGGUAUACGAAGACCUGAGGUAUAAGCUCUCCCUGGAGUUCCCCAGCGGCUACCCCUACAACGCACCCACGGUGAAGUUCCUCACACCCUGUUACCACCCCAACGUUGACACCCAGGGUAACAUCUGCCUGGACAUCCUCAAGGACAAGUGGUCCGCCCUAUACGAUGUCAGGACCAUCCUGCUCUCCAUCCAGAGCCUGCUGGGAGAGCCCAACAUCGACAGCCCUUUGAACACGCAUGCCGCUGAGCUCUGGAAAAACCCCACAGCCUUUAAGAAGUACCUGCAAGAAACCUACUCAAAGCAAGUCCCCAGCCAGGAGCCCUGACCGGAGCCGGCCGCCUCAGCGUCUCGUGUCCUCCCUGGCUGCUCUGUCCUCUCCAUGGUUUCUGUACAGAACUCUAUCUCAAGCUGUGUUGUCAUUUCUGUUUUGUUUGUUUUUUAAA